CGCGCCGGCGCGUGCGUGCGUGCGCGCGCCCCCGCGGGCGGGCCAGUGAAGCCGGCGGCCUUGGCACGUGAUCUGGGGCCGACUCUGUCGCUUAGUGGCUCAGUCUGUCUGUCCGUCCGCGGGUGCCAUCAUGGCGGACGCGGCCAGUCAGGUGCUCCUGGGCUCCGGUCUCACCAUUCUGUCCCAGCCGCUCAUGUACGUGAAGGUGCUCAUCCAGGUUGGAUAUGAACCUCUUCCUCCAACAAUAGGACGAAAUAUUUUCGGGCGACAAGUAUGUCAGCUUCCUGGUCUCUUUUGUUACGCUCAGCACAUUGCGAGCAUCGAUGGGAAGCGUGGCUUGUUCACAGGCUUAACUCCAAGACUGUGUUCAGGAGUCCUUGGGACUGUGGUCCAUGGUAAAGUUUUACAGCACUACCAGGAGUGUGACAAGGUUGAGGAGUUAGGCCCUGGAAAUAUACAGAAAGAAGUCUCAUCUUCCUUCGAUCGAGUUAUCAAGGAGACAACACGAGAGAUGAUGGCUCGUUCUGCUGCUACCCUCAUCACACAUCCCUUCCAUGUGAUCACUCUGAGAUCUAUGGUACAAUUCAUUGGCAGAGAAUCCAAGUACUGUGGACUUUCUGAUUCCAUAGUAACCAUAUAUCGGGAAGAGGGCAUACUCGGAUUUUUUGCGGGUCUUAUUCCUCGCCUCCUAGGUGACAUCAUUUCUUUGUGGCUCUGUAACUCACUGGCCUACCUCGUCAAUACCUAUGCACUGGACAGCGGGGUUUCUACCAUGAAUGAAAUGAAGAGUUAUUCCCAAGCUGUCACGGGAUUCUUCGCCAGUAUGUUGACCUAUCCCUUUGUGCUUGUCUCUAAUCUUAUGGCUGUCAACAACUGUGGGCUUGCUGGUGGGUGCCCUCCUUACUCUCCAGUGUAUGCUUCUUGGAUAGACUGCUGGUGCACGCUGCAAAAAGAGGGAAAUAUGAGCCGAGGAAAUAGCUUGUUUUUCCGGAAGGUCCCCUUUGGGAAGACUUAUUGUUGUGACCUGAGAAUGUUAAUUUGAAGAUGUGGGGCAGGGACAGUGACAUUUCUAUAGUCCCAGUGCACAGAAUUAUGGGAGAGAAUGUUGAUUUCUAUAUGGUGUGGCGCGCUUUUUUAAUAAUCAUUUAAUCUUGGGAAAAUGGAGGUGCUUGGUGUCUGCCUUUUUUGUUCUUUUUCCCAGCACAACAUAAUUUACCACUGAUAUUCCCCCUUUAGUUAUUCUGAAAUGGGACAUUUUUGCUCCAGACUCUAUUUUACUUAAACAGUAAAAACAAGUUGCAUUUUCCUAAGGUGGUCAUGUGAUUUGAGUCUUAGUUUAAGGCUUGUGAAAUGAAGAGUACAGUCCCAAGAAGAAAGAGAAAUAAUUCUGUAAAACUUAAGAAAAUUAGUAAGGCAAGCUACAGGGGAGGUCAUGAAUGACCUUUUUUCUAGAAGACCCUGAAAACCCAAUGGCAUCCACCAGAAUCUGCCUCCUAUUAUAUAGUCCUAAGCACAUUUGAUAAACCCUGUCUCUCAUACUUCAUGAAAAGGACAAUGCGUUGCCAAAUUACCCUGGAAAAUCUGUACGAGGCAUUCACAUCUUCAGUCUAUUACUGCAGAGUAAUACAUUGUUGCCAACAACAGAAAAAAGGACAAUUACCGAGAGUAAGCAAGAUUUGGAAAGGAAGCAUAAUGGCUUUUUUCCCCAAAAGACAUUCUUGUCAUUUAAAAUAUAGAAAGCAAAUGCUGCAGCAGUGCGCCCUUCUCUAAAAGCUAAGCCUGUGCCAGUCUCUAAAUGACAGCAUUAUGCAUCCUAAUUGUAUAUACUCUUUUGUUCUUGAGUUUUUAUUUUGUUUCCUUUUGUUGUUGAAGAAGGUGAGUGGUUUGUUUUUCAGUCCUUAUGACACCUUUGGAAGGUGUACUUGUACCUUCAUAUCUGGUGAUACAGACUCAAGUCCACAGAGCUCUUAGGAUAUUGACCACCUCGCAUGUCAUACCCUCAGUUAGGCAUGUUAACAACAUUUAUAGAGGAAAAAAAAUUACUUUAGAAGGAAAUGAGUUUCAACUAAAGUAUAAAGCUCGUGUGUACUCAGGCCUUUUAAAAGCAGGUUAAAAUGCUCAAAAUGAAAAAGCAUAUGGUUUCACGUAUUUAAAUAAUCCACAGGAUGUUGCCAAAUGAGUAAGCACUUAAUUUGCUGCUUCUCAGACUUCCCUAUCAAAGCAGCAGCACCCAUAAUAUUAAAGUGAGCAUGCAGGGGUUGCCUCCCUCCCCCAGGGGUUGGGAAUACAGCCUGAGGCUCAUGAGUAGCUUACCUUGAAAUGUCUUUGUCUCUUACUUUGUCUGAAAAAGUAAUGUAACUUUUAUAUUCUACUCAAUAUUAUCUGAAUUUGUUUUAAUAUAAAAAUGUUUUGCAUUACCUACUUUUUCCCAAAAAAAUCUUCAAGUAAAGAUGAUCUAGGAAAAUG